UAUCUGAGGACACAAGAAAGCUGGUUGUGUUUGGUUGGUAAUUUGUGUGCGGUUGAAUAAUAGAAGGCAGUGAUCAGCAGCAUCAGCAGUGUUAGAGUCCGUUAGAAAUGUUCCGUAAUCAGUACGACAGCGAUGUGACUGUAUGGAGCCCACAAGGGCGGCUUCAUCAAGUGGAGUAUGCAAUGGAGGCUGUGAAAUUGGGUUCUGCAACCGUCGGACUAAAGAACAAAACCCAUGCAGUACUGAUAGCACUGAAACGUGCCUCUUCAGAAUUGUCAGCCCAUCAGAAGAAAAUUAUCCCCAUUGACACCCACAUUGGCAUUACCAUUGCUGGUCUUACUGCAGAUGCAAGAAUACUUAGUCGCUACAUGAGAACCGAGUGUCUGAAUCAUAAAUAUGCCCAUGAUGCCUUAUUACCUGUUAGUCGGUUGAUAACAAUGCUUGGAAACAAGAUGCAAGCAUGUACCCAGCGUUAUGACCGUCGACCAUAUGGUGUUGGACUCUUGGUAGCUGGUUAUGAUGACCAGGGUCCACAUGUGUACCAAACAUGCCCAUCAGCCAAUUAUUUUGAUUGCAAAGCCAUGGCGGUGGGUUCUCGUUCCCAGAGUGCUCGUACUUACCUUGAAAAGCAUCUUGAAGAAUUUGUGGAUUGUGACACAGAUGAGCUGAUCAAGCAUGGACUCAGGGCACUUCGUGAUACAUUGCCUAAUGAAGUUGAGCUCAACACAAAGAAUGUAUCCAUAGGGAUUGUGGGGAGGAACACCCCAUUCAAGGCAUUUGAUGAAGAAGGGACUGCUCAGUAUCUGAGAAUGAUCGAAGGGGAGGAGAAACGUGGUGGGCCGCCAGACACUACAGGCCAGGAUCCCACACCUCCACAACCUCCACCAGCUGAUGAUGGCCCACAGGACCCUAUACCUGCAGUCGCGAUGGAGACAGAGUAACCAUCUUGCCAUCCACUCAUGUUGCUAUGUUAUUUCCUGCAAAGUUUGAGUUCUUGACUAAAGAAUCCUAGCCGCGACCAUGCAUAAAGCUUCAUUCUUUAUUUCAUUAUGCUUAUGAUGAAGUUUGUUGAAGGUUAAAUUUUUUCCACAUUUUGUAAUCUGAUGGAAAUAUCUUUUUCUAAUAUAUUUUACUAAUAUUCUUCCAGAGUUCAUUGAUGCAUAUGACUGUAAUUUCUUAAUUGUUAUUCAAGCAUCAUGUUUCAGAAUAUUCCUAAGACAAGACAUUCUCGAUACAGAUACUGGUACAGUGCUGUUAUUAUAUGUAAAUACUAAAGAUCUUUUAGUAGUUUGAUGGCAUAUGCAAUCUCUUGGCCUCACUUUGUACAAUCCAAUUCUUGUUAAAAUAGCAGUAUUGAUUUUAAUACUUAAAAUCAAGUGUAUUUAAGAUUUAAAACAGUUUGGAGCAGUUAAUCAUGUGUAUAAUAUCAAAUACCACAUUCACAUUAGAUAUUGCAUACACAUGGACAGUUGUAAGAUAAGUAGGCAGUAAUGGAAAGAUCAAGUCAAAAUGCUUGUUUAUUACUGUAAUAUUGUCAUAGAAACUUUUCAAGGUAAAUAUCAUCACUAAUGCAGUGUAUUAUAACUUAACAAACACUUCUGCUAUAACGGUAGUUUUAUUAAAUAUGAACUGAUGAAAAAUAACUUUAUAAGUGCUUCUCCAUAUUAUUGUAUCAUUCAUUAGCACCUUAAUUUAAUUCAAGGAAAAAUAAGAAGAGCUUGAUGGAGGAAUUAUCUGUGAUGUGUCACAGUGUCAGUCAUGAGCUAAUUUUUUUAUUAACCUCCACUUUUUAAAUUUUUAUUUCUAAAUCAUGUUACUUAGUUGUUUCUGAAUUUAUAUUUUCUAUUUUCCAUCUUGGAUUUGUGGUUCUUAGAGGAGUGACUAUGAAUAUACAGUCUUCUGGGUUGUACCAUCGUGUAGUGUGGAGAGAUCCCAACAUUUCUAAGUAAUAUGUUGUUUCCAGGGUUGAAGAAUAAGCGAAAUAAGAAACAAGCAGAAGCAAGCAACUGAGCUUUGAAAUUUUGGGCUCCCUCUGAACUGCAUUAUGUUACAACCCAGAGGACCUCAUGCUUUCCAUUUUCCAGUUUAAGUGUACCAUGUUUUAUAUAUGAACGUUGUACACAGAGUAUUUGUAACAAUCUUUGCUAAGAUUAUUACAGUUUGUAGCUUAGCUUUAUUGACUCAAAGCUCUGCAUGGGAUGAGAAUGUUUAACUCAGCUAACUGUAGGAUAUAAUAUUCAUUGUCAUUAUUCAAGAAAAAUAAUAUGUAGAAGACAUUUAACAUAAUAUAUAUUGAUGUGAAUGUUUUCUAGAGUAUAUUCUAGGUACUCUCACUGUUACAGAUUAUUCUCUAUCUUGUUUUAAUGCAUAAUACCAUACAGUGUUUCCUGAAACUAUUUUCAUUUCAGUUUAAGUGAAAUUAUUUAAACCAACCAUAGCAUAGAAUUUAUAUUAUUCUAAAUAUAUCAGUACUGAUAUUUGUGUAUAAGAAUGAUUUUAAAUUUACUUCACAUAAUUACUGUUGGUAUCCUGUACUAAAACUACCUUAUUCAGUAAUCAGAGAUGAAGCUGCUAAUUUAAAGAACAGAGAUACUAUCAUGUAAUACUUAUUUUCCCCAUAGUUCUCUUGUUGCUAACUAGAAAUACAUUUGGCAUUCAGGACUGAGGCAAUUUAUGCCCCUCAGAUGAAUAAUGAUCUUCACGUUUGCUUGUUGGAAAUUUUGUAUGUCUCAAGACCUGCAAUCCUCUACAUGUAAUAGAAUUAGAAAUUUAUGUCAUCAGUGCAUUCUUUUGUUCAGUGGUAUGUUUUCUAUUUCACUUCUUAAGGAGAAUGUGAAACCUAUAAUAUGACGUCACCAGACAGAAGAAGAUGUGAAUUUUCUUCAUAUGCCUAUACAGUUGAAGUUUUUAAAGACAGAUUCAUGUUUAAAUUGAUUAACUUACAUAAUAUUUUGCAACGCUAUAUUAUUUUAUUUACAUUAAUUUUGGUAGGAGAUUAGCCACUGAAAUGUAAGGAAAAUUUACAAGGCUGCAAAUUUCUGUUGGCAUCAAUUGCUGUUUAAAAACAAUAGAAGUAGUACAUACACAACAUAUGGAGAUUGACUGUGCUAUUCUACUACAGUGAAACCCAUAGUAUAUUUUCUGUCAUUUAAAAUUUGGUUUCAGUAAUCUAAAGCCAAUAGUCUCACUGUCAGAUUCUGAUAUUUAAGAUGUUUGUAGUUUAGUGUUCAAAUCCAGUGAUUCUUAAACAGAUCUAAUUGGGAGUUUUACUUCAUAUGAUUUCAUGCGCAUGUGCCAUAACUUCUGUGUAUUUUGCUAUUAACAUACAUAUUUGUGCUUGUCCAGUGAAAGUGAUAUAUAUUGCUAAAAUGCCUAUACAUUAGUUUUGAGGAACUGAGGGUAAAUGAUGUCUCAGUAUUACUUUGUGAAGCAUUACAACAUGGCCACGGUUUGGUAUCACAGAACAACUCUUACCUUGAUAAUGCAAGAUUGUAAUUAGAAGGGAUGUAACAUAAUGGAGUGGAAUUAUUUGCUAAUAAUGAAAUAAAUUUGUUUCAAUUGUU